AUGAAUAAUCAGUUUAAACUUGGUUUUUGCUAUGAAAAAAAUAUAGGAACUUCCAAAGACAAAGAGAAAGCUUCUGACAUUAGAAAUUCUGUUAAACAAAUUAGCAAUAAUUUUGUAGAAGCUGUAUCUAAAGUCUCCACAAAUGCAGCAGCCCAAAAAAAAGCAGCAAAUGAAAUCACUAUAGCAAAAAAAAAAAUUACAGAAUUCAAGCAAAUUUACAGCAUUUCAACAGAUUCUCAGUUUAAACAUGAUAUAUAUAUAAAAAUAAGCAAUCUUCAGACUCAAAUUAGAGCUAAUAAAGAUAGAAUUGCCAAAUUAAAAAAAAAAAUGCUAAGUAUACUCAAAAUUGUCUCAGUUCCUGGAGUUUCACAUACUAAUACACAUGAACACCCCAAUGGUCAUUACUGCUUUGCAUCUGUUAAAUGUGCAAAACAAUUUGCAUCUGUUUUUUCUAAUAUGUUAGUUGUCAUCUGUCAAGAUGACAAAGCAAAGAUAGGUUUUGAAAUACCUGCUGUAGGUCAAACAUUUUAUAUAUUACAAUCAAUUAAUAAUCCUAUUUGUAUAGCAGAUCAUAAUUUUGUGAUAGGAUUUGAACAAAAAUUAGUUCUUUCAGUAUACCUUUUAAUGAAACUAGAUGAAUCAAAUGAUGAACCAUGA